AUGAGACUAUAUUUGUGUGUGUCUGCUUAUAUUCGCCACAGUUUGUUCCAAAGAGGGCUUUUCUAAGCGCCAGCAUCCUAUCAGACGGUGGGCCGCUGGAGCACGUUAGCACGUUCGCCUCGCAGGGUCCAGGGUUCGCGAAAGCUCCAAGGCGUCUCUUCCGGCACCCGGGUUUCCGACCGGUCCCUUUAGGCGACAGGACGCGGCAGCAGCGGCCUUUCGCGGAAGCGGGGGCCGGCGCUUUUCCCUGGUGGCACCAGCGGCGGAGCGGGGCAGGCGGAAGAAGCCCCUGAGAUCCGGGGUCCAGAGGAGAGCGAGGCUGGAGGGGCGGUUCCCGUGAGGCUGUGCGGCUGCCGACCAUGGAGGCGGCCCAGCAGCGGCUCUCUCAGGCGAUACAUGGCCAUGGAAGCUAUGACUCUGAUUUUAGUGAUGAUGAGAACUGUGGAGAACCUAAAAAAAGAAAAAGGACAAUUAAUGAAGAUUCAUUGCUAAAAAAGCCAUUUCAGAAAGAAAAAUAUGCAAAAGUGGCUCAUAGACGUGUUGCAGCACAGGAGCUGGAUCGGGAAGAAGCAAGAAAUAGGAGGUUUCAUCUAAUAGCGAUGAACGCUUAUGAAAGACACAAGAAAUUGGUGAAUGAUUAUAUUUUGUAUUAUGGUGGUAAAAAAGAAGAUUUCAGACGUUCAGGGGAAAAUGACAAGACAGACUUGGAUGUUAUAAGAGAAAAUCAUAAAUUCCUAUGGAAUGAAGAAGAUGAAAUGGACAUGACUUGGGAGAAGAGGCUUGCAAAGAAAUACUAUGAUAAAUUAUUCAAAGAAUACUGCAUAGCAGAUCUCAGUAGAUACAAAGAUAACCAGUUUGGAUUUCGAUGGCGAAUAGAAAAAGAAGUAGUUUCAGGAAAAGGUCAGUUUUUCUGUGGAAAUAAACGAUGCGAUGAAAAAGAAGGAUUAAAGAGUUGGGAAGUGAAUUUUGGCUACAUUGAACAUGGUGAAAAGAGAAAUGCACUUGUGAAAUUAAGACUUUGCCAAGAAUGUUCCUUCCAGCUAAAUUUUCAUCACAGGAGAAAAGAAGUCAAACCAAAAAAGAUAAGGGGUAGAACUGAAGAAGAUUGUGAAGAAUCAUCACAUAAAAGAUCCAAAUUAUCUUCUUCAAAAAUGCAGACUUCCAAGAAAAAGAAGGGAAAAGAACAUUCUUCCUCAGAGAAAUCAGAAGGGUCAGAUAAUGAAAACUGUGAUGAGGAAGAAGGCACUUCAGAAGCAGAACUAUGGAAGGGUCCUCUGCAGGAAACAGAUGAAAAAUCACAGGAAGAAGAGUUUGAUGAAUAUUUUCAAGAUUUAUUUCUGUGAAACAUCAAGGAUAGAGCCUUUAUUCCUUAAUGUGAAAAUCUUCCUCGAACCUCUUUUUUUAAUUAGACUUUUAUGUUUUCUUUAUCAAGUUGAAACUCGAGUAGUUUCUGUUUAGAAACAACCAAUCAUCCAGCUACAUCUGACAGUAAUAUACUUUAUUUGACACAUUAACUGUGUUACAAAGUGCAGUUCUGCAUAACCUAUAGAGCUGAUUGCUUCUGUAGAGGCUUAAAUCACUUGACCACAAAGUCAGUUUCAUCACUGGUUAAAUUUGGACAGAUUUUCAAGAAGGAUGACAUGUGAUUUAUUUCAUCCUUGCUCACAAGGAAAUACUAUUUGUAGGAAGGAAAAAAAAACCUUCCUGCAUUGCUUUUCCCCCAGAUGUCUUCCUCAAGUCCAGUUCAUAUUUGACUAUAGAAGACAAUUCUUAUUUUAUAGCUAUUUCUCUGUGAUACUAUGAAAGCUAUGAAGGAAUCUUAUAAUGAGGAGUGGAAGUUUGCUGGAGAGAACCAUAAGAAGCAUACUGGUCUCCUUACCUCUGUCCUUUUCCAUGUAUUCCUAAAUGGAAUUUGUUUUACUAAGGAGCAGAGGAGCCAACUGGUUCUUGCAGAACCUCUACUUGAGAUGAGGGGAAAGAAGUGUGAGGUAGGAGUUGGGAAGUGAUAUUGACAGAGUAAGCCUUCUUCCCUCCUCUUGUUAAAUUUGCAGAAGAUUAUCCUUAGAAAAUCAAUUUUGGUAUGUGUUUUGUUCUUUGCUGUUAGUAUGUCCUUUGUUUAAAUUACUGCUUGGGAGUGAGGCAACUUCUGAAGUGUGUUAUAAGUAAAGUCAUUCUAUAGCGAAUAUCAUCAUAGGGAGGUAUGGCCAAGUGCUUAGCAAGCUGGCCUCUGUUUUCAACAGAAAAAUAUAGGUUCAUGUCAUGCCACUGACAUAUACUGGCUCUGUGAUCCAUGCAAGUCAUUUAACCUCUCAGUGCCCCUAGACAAAUCUCUGUGACUUUCAUGUUGCAGAGCAGAUGUUAAUCUGCAUUAGUAGAGGAUUUCCCUAUGCCAAUGAAAUCAUUGGUCUAUGAAAUCUAAUGGUCUAGUCCAUUACUAUUAUGAAUAUUAUGAAGCUGUGGGGAUGGCCUGUAGUAAGUGUUUUGGCUGGUUUGGUUAAUUGCCUACAAAAAUAUCCUACAAAAAAUGCUUUCUCUGAUCUCUCUAUCUACAAAAGUCAUUUUCUAAAAAAGUUGUUGAUUUUAUUCUGUUUAUGGGGAAGAGGAAAAGAAAAGUCCCUUUUCCCUUCUAUCUAAAUUCCCAGACCAUUUACUUCAAUAAAAUAUAACAGAAAAAAAGUUUACAGGCUUAGAGGUGGGGUGAAGAAGUUUGAAUGACUCUCUUCACUUAGUAGUUCACUUCAGAGAAUCAGAAGCUGUUUUUAAUCCCUUAAUUCUUAGUAGGAGUAUGAUUUCUAGUAGUGUGAUGAUAACAGUAUUAGCUCAUAUUACAUAAUCCUGGCUUAUUCACCAAGUGUUUUUGUCACAAAAUCUCUAUGAAGAAUUUUAUCAAUGCAGCAUGGUUCCACUACAACUAUUAAAAUAUUUUGUAUUUUUUACCAAUUCAGACUGGUUUUCUCCAUUGUAGUUACUCCAAAUAAUAAAGGUUUUCAUCGAGGCAAAAUUA